AUCUUUGUCUGUAAAGUGUUGGUGUGUUCUUGCAUUGCUUACUAUAUAUGAGGAAAAUGUAUAUAAAGAUACACCAUAUGAAAUGUUGAGGUACCUUUUAUCUAAUAAUGCAAAUUUAAAACGAGAUGAAUAAAAAAUUAUAGAUCUUUAUCAGUUGUGAAUAUUUAAACAAUGCAUAAGCAAAAAGAACUAUUUUGAAUGUUAGUUAAGAAAAAACAAAUUAUAUGCAGUUAAUUCAAAUUAUUUUACAUGAAAAUAUUGGGAACACAUAAAACUAAAAAAGCAAAGCCCCAUGAAAAAGCAGUACAUCUUCAUGCACUGGAAACACUGAAAGUUGUGAUAGGGGUCACUACACCAGGGCACGGAGAACACAAUGGGCAAACAAAUCAUAACGGUACUGUAGACCAAGAAAAUAACAAAUUAACUGCUUAUACAAAUGGACAUAUUACCUCAGACAAUGGUGGAUUUGUGUUGAAUGAAGGGUCAAGUGACAUAGCAGUGUCACGUGUGUCACCAAUAACACCAGAAACACCUGAUGGAGAAGACAAGAAGGAAGAGUUACAAGAAGAAGAAGAACCAUUAGAUCUUAGCUGGCCUAAGGAAUGGAGAAAACGAUUGAAUUAUAUUUUAGUAGCGCCAAUAAUAUUUCCACUGUGGUUAUUUCUACCUGAUGUUAGAAGACCAGAGAAGAAGAGAUGGUUUAUAAUAACAUUUUUUGGCAGUAUUUUAUGGAUUGCUAUCUACUCCUACCUCAUGCUCUGGUGGGCUGCCACAGUGGGCAAAACCAUUGGAAUCCAAGAUGAGAUAAUGGGUUUGACAAUAAUAGCAGCGGGUACCAGUAUCCCCGAUCUCAUUACCAGUGUAAUAGUAGCUAAGAAAGGAUUUGGAGACAUGGCUGUAUCCAGUUCUGUGGGAAGCAAUAUUUUUGAUAUUACAGUAGGAUUGCCGAUUCCUUGGUUAAUAUAUUUGGCCAUCAACGGAGGUUCAGUUGAUGUAAAUAGCAACGGACUUGUUUGUUCCAUUUUCUUGUUAUUUGUUAUGCUCAUCACUGUGAUUGCUACGAUAGCUAUAUCGAAGUGGAAAAUGAGUAAGCCAUUAGGAGCAUCAAUGUUGGUUCUGUACAUCGUUUUCGUUGUUCUUAGCGUGCUCUUGGAAGUCAGUGUUAUCAAAUGUCCUGUUACUUGAAAGAUUAUAAAGAAGACUGAAGACAUUAUAUAAAGAACAAAUAUAGAUAACCACAAAACAUUUAAGUUUUACUAUCAUUAUUUUAUGAAGCUGCGGUCAACCGUGACAUUUAAACUGGUACCAUCAAUAGUUACUCCAAGUAGUUGAUCCACAUAAAGUUGAUGAAUAGAAACAUUGCCAUAACACUGUAAACAGCAAUAGUUACUCUAGCCUCAUAAAGAAGAUGAAAAGAAACGUUGACCAUACAAGUGUUAUAUAACCUCAUCAAUAGUUCUUCUGUCCUUGUAAAAUUGAUGAAAAGAGACAAAUUGAUACAACACAUUGUGACAGCACCACCUUCUGUACAGAAGAGCAGAUAAUGAUUGAAUACCAUUUUUGUUAUUGUUAAUUCUGUUACAAUUAUCACUAAGCACCAUUCAUGCACUAUAUAUCACUUUCGACAGAUCAUUUGGGGAUUUUUUUUGCUGCUUCGAAAUUUUACACAUUUUUGGUUCUUGAGUUUUGCCCCAAAUAAUUUGGUAAAUAGAAAAAUUUAUGGUUUCUGUUCAAAAACUUGUGAAUAUUAAACAAAUCAUUGGAAAUUUUAACUCGAUGUUAUAUAAACACUUAACGCAAGUUUGGUUCUAAUUUGACAUAUUAUCCAUUUCCCUAUCAUGUCUAACUGUUUGGAGACAGGCAACAGAUGUCCAUAUCGAUGGACUUAUUUUUCUUAAAUUUCUUAAUACAGUUAAGCAUUCCACAAAUUUUGUUAUAUGUAUAAACUGAUUUGAUUUACAACACUUGUUAUCACAGUGGUUAAGAUAUAACAUUCCGUAACAGUGUUUAUGCCAGAGAGUGUUUGAAAUAAAUGCUGGUAGUAUACUUUGAUCUAAUAGUGUGUUCUUUUUCGACCUACAGUUGAAAUUCAAAAUAUGAGUGAUUCUUACCCAAUUGUAUUUUCGCACUAAGAAAAACAAAACUAACAUUUCUGACUUUGCUAUACUUUUUUUUUGAGGAAAGAUAAUUCUCUUAAAAUAUUUUUUUAUUGAAGAAAGUAGGAAUUUAUUAACUAAUCAGAGAACAGAUUACAGACCUACCAAGAGAGGUAAAUUGAAUAUGAAAUUCUCUGAAGAAAAAUUCUUUUCUCAGAAACUAAGGAAAGUUUAAUAGAAUUGUUUAUAUGAUCAGAUAAAUGAUUUAAGAUGUAAAGGAAGAAUUUGUGAAUUUUAGCAGAAAUAUUGAUCAAAUCAAUUCACAAAUGGUAAAUGCUCAAUUUUGUACUUUUAUUACAUUUGAAAUCUUCUGAUAGUACGUACAUGUAUUGUAAGUGUGCAGUGGCAGGUUUACAUACAAUGUCCUUAGCAAGUACAAAAAUUUCUGGAAAAAAAAAUAACGAAACAAUCACUUUAAUCAUGAUCAUCAACCAUCAAAUAUAUAUUUCAACCAUCGUGAUUCUUCAUAUUUCAAAUGACAAAAAUUCUUUUUUUUUCCCAGCCAAAAUUAUCAUUUUUUUUUUUAACUCAAUGCAGUAGGAUAACAAAUAAAAAUUAUCUCCCCUUAUCAAUUUUAACAGUAAAGGGUAUGUUGAUUGUUUUUUGUGACUUAACAGACAUUUAAAAAAAAAAAAAAAUUAUGAAAUCUGCAUUUUGUUGUUAGUUUCGCUACGAAUUUAAGCAAUAAGACACCAAAACUGACUGGAAUGGAGAGAAAACCUUAUAGUCUUACAGGUCAUUUUUCAUUUUUUCCAUCCAAAAUUAUCAAUUUUUUUUUUAUCUGAAUGCAGUAGGAUAACAAAUAAAAAUUAUCUCCCCUUAUCAAUUUUAACAGUGAAGGGUAUGUUGAUUGUUUUUUGCGAUUCAACAGACAUUUAAAAAAAAAUAAGUUAUGAAAUCUGCAUUUUGUUGUUAGUUUCACUAAGAAUUUAAGCAAUAAGACACCAAAACUGACUGGAAUGGAGAGAAAACCUUAUAGUCUUGCAAUGUCAUUUUUCAUUUGUAAAGUUUAAAAUACAUUUAUUAUUAAAUAUUUGUGAAAGAUAAAAACUGUAGUCAAUUGUACUAGCACAAUUUAUGUAUAUAAAUACUGCACUUGUGUUUAUUUACAUUUUUACUUUAAACAGCCAAACUGUAGAAACAAUACCAUGUAUGUUAUCUUAAUAGUAAUACUUUAAUUUGAUCUGACUUAGACAACAAGUUGUCAUAUUCCAGAUUUUUAUUUAUUAUUUUCAGUUUUUGUUGGUUUUGUUAUUAUAGUGUACAAUUUAUUUAUUUCAGCAUUUAAUUAAUGUCAUAUUUUGUACUGGGACUUGUAUAGUCUUUCUUAUACAUAUGUUAAUCAUUUGAUACAUUUUUUUAUCCGAAAGUUUAAAUAUAUUUACAGAAGUUUUUUUUUGCAAGGCACAUACAUGUCUUAAUGUGUUAAUCGUAUACUUAUCUAUGUUUAAGAGAUAAAAACACAAAAUAGUUAUCAGAUGAUUAACGUUUAUCAUUAAUUUCUAUAAUUAAAGCUUUUGAUUUACCAUGUAAUGCAGAAUUGUAUGUUUCAAAUUCAAAACCAGGAUUUAAAUUAUUUAAGAUAUGAAUGAUAAACAAUUACAAGUACUGAUAACCAUCUUAAAGUUUGUAUUUCAAGGGAGAUAAUUUGGUGUAGAACUUAAAGAAGUAGUUAAUAUCUGUUAUUUGGUUCCUCAUAUUAAAAAUACUGGAGUCAUUUUUGUCUUGCCUUGACGGCAUCAAAAAGCGAGACAUAGGUAUGCCGUUUCCGGCGUCUGCUACAGCAGCAUAAAAAAUUUAUUAGUUUGUGAUUAGGUCAGUUUAUGGGGAAAAACUAGUGGUAUGUGAAUGAUAUUUGGAAUGCACUUAAAAUUUGCAUUGGCACAUCUCAUUUCCAUGGAGAUUAUUUUGCCCCACCUCUUCAGUCAUGGUCUAUUGACUUUGAAACUUUUGCUUAGCUUACAUGUAUUAGUUUGUGAUUAGGUAAGUUUAUGGGGAACCACUAAUGGUAGGUCAAUGAUAUUUGGCAUGCAGUUGUAUUUGCAUUAGCACAUCUCAUUUCAUUGGAGAUUAUUUGGCCCUGCCCCCUCAGUCAUGGUCUAUUGACUUUGAAACUUUUGCUUAGUUUACAUGUAUUAGUUUGUGGUUAGGUCUGUUUAUGGGGAACCACUAGUGGCAGGUCAAUGAUAUUUAGUAUGCAGUUGUAUUAACAUUGGCACAUCUCAUUUCCAUGGAGAUUGUUUGGCCUUGUAUCUUCAGUCAUGGUUCAUUGACUUUGAAUAUUUUGCAUAGCUUACAAGUAUUGCUAUUUUAAUUUCAACAUUUGCAUUUUACUAUCAAAAUAACAAAAAGGCAAGACAUAUCUCAUUGUUAAUAGUUUAUUCAAGUUCUAAUUUAUAUAUUUCAUUGAUAAAAUUAAUAGAAUGAUAUAGUCUACUCGUUUAGUGCUGAAAUGUAACAAUACAAAGGUAGAUGUUUGGUACUCAAAAUUUAUUUUGACCUUAUAGGUUAAUGCUCAUUUUAGUUUGGUACAGUAUUAUUAAACUCUAAGUCAUUUUAUUUUUUAUAUAACUUUUGUUUUAUUUCUGUAGAUUGUUUUUUUUUGUCUAGUUAUUUGACAUGUGUAUUUCAGUCAUCCAAUAUUGUCUAGCAUUUUUUAAACUUUUGUAUUUUUUUCAAAAGUGAUAUUCUCAUUUUAACAUUGAAGUUUUAUUUGCAGAAAUUUAAAACCCAGCAUGGGUAUGAAAAGAAAUGAAAUGAUUGUUUCAAUUAAGAUAUAAUCUAUGUUAAAAUUCUUUUUUUUUUCUGUUGAGAUUUUUCGCUUAGGUCCACAGAUUGAUUUUAGUAGUUUUGUGAAUUAUGUUAAAAUUUUACCAAAAAUAAAACUUCCUUUCAACAACUUUCAUGGAAAAUGAGAGAAAUAAUAAAAGAAGUCAAAUGAAAUUAAAAAUGCUAAUAACUAUGAUCUCUAUAUCUUAUAGAUUAGAGGAUCUAUGCUGAAUAUUUUCUAUCUUUAUAUAUUAUAUUGAUAUACUCUACAAAGUUUUGCAUUCAUUUGCUUUGUUUAAAAACCACGUUAUUUGUUUUUAUAGCAUAUUUUUGUAGACUUUAUUAUCUAGUGCUGGUUUGCUGGAGGAGAGUCAUGUAAAUAUUUUGUUAUUUAAUGAAGUCGGACCAAGUUUUUUUAUGGAUGAUAAAAUUAAUAAUUUAUUGAAAUAUGAACUAUUUUGAAAUAAUAAUUGAAAUGUGAACCAUAUGUAGAGUACUGCAAGAAGUGUGUCGAACAUUUAUUUUAUGGUUUUUCAUAGAUAUGAUGUAUAACUUGUUUUAUUACCUUUUUGAUAAGAAUGUCUGGUUGAAUUAUUGGUUUUCACAAAAUCAAUGGGGACUCAACUUACCUGAAACAAAUUGUCUAAGCAUGCAAUCGACUUCUUAAAGCACUUUUGUCCAGAUUUUUCAACAUCAACUUUAAAUAAGUGAACCAUUGGAGGAAAAUGGUGUGUAAUGCUGAAGUUAUUGAUUUGAAAUAUUUUGCAAUGAGAUUUUUAGACUCUGGUUAGAAGAAACUUGUUGAUUUAAGCCAUAUAAGUUCAUUCAGCUUCCUUAAUUUGUUUGUACCUUGGUAUUCAAACUAGAACUGUGGCUCUUUUCACAAAACAUCUUACAACAAAAAUUGAUUGUACGUUAUUUAAGGAAUGACUAUAAUAUUUUUUCUGUCUAUGAAGAAAUAACAUCAAAAAUGUGGUGCACACUGAAUAACCGGCGUAGCGGGUUAUUUUAAAGUGUGCACCACAUUUUUUAUGUUAUUUCGAAUAGACAGAAAAAAUAUUACAGUCAUUUCUUAUAAUUUAAUUCUAAAUUCCAUUUUAAACCGUAGUAAACCAUGAAAAAACGUUAAUGACGUCACGGUCACAUGACAAAAUUAUGUCUAUGAGCUGAUAAACAAAACAACGUCAGCCAAUCAGAAGACGCAUUACAUCCAAAAUUAAAUUAUAAUGAAAUGUUCUUGACUUAUGAGUAAUAUUUCUGGUAAAAUAUUUUGUGAAAAGACUUGCUGAUCAUUAUAAUAAAUCAUCCUAAUCUUAUGAAUGUUAGUAGAUUUUAGAAAGAUACUGAUGGUAGAAUGUUAACAGCAUAUUCAGAGAGAAUAUGAGAAUUUGAUAAAGUUUAAAAGAUUGACCUUCUACUAUUAAUGGUAGAGGUUACAUUUAUAUUUAAAGACCAAAAAACAGUUCGAAUCUUAUCUUGAAAUUUAAUAUGAAAAUUAAAAAAUGUGGUAUAUCAUUGCCAAUAUGACAACUAUCUACCAGAGACCAAAGUAGAGGCUGUAAUCAAUUAGUUGUCACUGUACAGCCUUCAACAAUGAGCAAAACCCAUACCACAUGGUAAGCUAUAUAAGGCCCCAGAAUGACAAAUUGUGAACUAAUGUAUCAAAAUUUAUUUUACAUAUACAGUCGAUUCUCAUCAUUUCAAAGUUGAUUGGACUGACAAUAAUAAUUUGGAAUAAGACGAUUUUUGUUAAAUAAGAAGUAAAUUCAAAGCAAAUCUAUCAAUUGGGACAGAUAUAUUACUUUGAGAUAACAAGAAUUUUUAAAUGAUAUAAAGUUACAGAUAAGGAGAGUCAUUUGUAUUUGUAACUCUGGAAAACAGUAUUUAUAAAUAAACUUUCAUUUCAAUUAGACAUAUAUAUUGUUUCCAUGGUAAUAAUAAUUAUUGAGCCAAAGUGCACCCUGUGUUAGUACAGUGUUUUGUUUGAAUUGUUUGUUAUAUUUGUUUAUUAUUGACCAUGACUUGUGAUUAUGUGAUAUUAAUUGUUUUUCUCCGUCCGUUAUCAUUAAAGUUUUUUUAGAGAA